UGUUAAAACACAAAUGUGGUAUUUGUUUGUUUUAUACUAUUAUAAUGAUACAGAUGUUGUCAAAUAUGGGGGUUAAAGAGGGCUUUACACACCUGUACGCGUACAAAACGUUAUUUGACGAUUAUUCUUUUAGACCCGCCCACAUUCUCGGUUCAGUGAAGAUGAUUGGCUUGCACUCAUGUCACUAACGCCAUGGGUACGCCGAACAGUUCUCCAGGCGCGUUGCAAACACAAACGGUACUUCACUCUUAUUUUUAUGAUGAAUUUAAACAACUACCAUUGUUCCUCACAACUUCAAAUAUCAUUUCGAAAGGGGAGGAAAUAAAGUGGCAAAUGCCACAGGAGGUGAUUAAGUCAUAACUGUGCUGCUGUGUUAGAAUAAAAUCUCAGCAAUGUCGCUUCUGUGCGUGCGAGUGAAAAAGGCCAAACUACAAGGACCUCCAGAAAAGUUUAAUGUGUACGUCACUCUGAAGGUCCAGAAUGUUAAAAGCACAACAAUCACGGUGCGAGGAGACCAGCCCUGCUGGGAACAGGAUUUCAUGUUUGAGAUUAAUCGUCUGGACCUGGGUCUGGUUGUGGAGGUGUGGAGUAAAGGACUCAUCUGGGACACCUUGAUAGGAACAGCAUGGAUCCCACUUAACACUAUCCGCCAAUCUGAUGAGGAGGGGCCUGGAGAAUGGACCUCACUGGACUCUGAGGUUCUGAUGAAGGAAGAUGAGAUAUAUGGCACUAAAAACCCCACUCCUCACCAAGUGCUGCUGGACACACGCUUUGAGCUCCCUUUUGAUAUACCCGACGACGAGGCCCAGUACUGGACUAAAAAGCUGGAGCGCAUCAACUCUAUGAGGAUACAUGAUGAGUAUUCACUGCAAGAUGAAGCACAGAGAAGACAGCUGCCCCCAGUACCCUCCCAGUGCUGCAAUUGGACAUACUUUGGGUGGAAUGACCAGCAGACUUUCGAUGACCAUGACAGCGCUGUGGAUGAUAGGGACAGUGAUUAUCGCAGUGAGACAAACAGCAGGCCUCCACGUUACCACACCACAGCUCAACCUAAUUCCUCGGUACAUCAGUACCCCAUUGGUCGAAGAUUACAGCAUGAGGCAUUGUCAAAAGAGUCUAGGACAGACUCUAUACAGAGCUAUGACUUGGAUUAUAGAGAAGGAAGGGAACAGAGAUUUUCAAGUGGUACAGAUGAUGUCCGAAUGAUUCCAGUGGACUCAGGCAUGGGAGUUGAAGACUGGGAGACCAAAUACAAAAUGAAUGACAACAUACUGGAUGAUUACCUGGAACCAGCACAGAAAACAUGGGAUGAUGAUGAUGAGACCAAGAGUGAAAUUUAUAGAAUCGUGAGCAGCCCGGGUGACUCCAAAGGCAGUCGGUUCUACCAGACAGUAGAGUGUGAUGCAAUGUCCCCUGAGGAGGCUGAGGAGUAUGAUGCAUCCGAAAAUCUCGUCACGAGAACAGCCACAGGCAGCAGUGAAGUCCGUUUGGUCUAUAAGGAAGCUAGAAACUUCGAGGAUGAAAUUUCCCCUCCUGAGAUUUCCAUCAUCCCUUCAAUUAGGCAACUUCGCAGGGCAGACCAAGCAUUAAAUACGGAGGGGCUGUUGUACAAAACCAGAAUGUGGGCCAAAAACUCAUUUGAAGACACCCUUGAGAACUAUACAAUUUAUUGUGAGGAGGAAGAAGCCAGGAUGAGAGCAAGAAGUGAAUAUGGAUCUGCAGGAUCCGAUGAAAUGCAGUUCUCUCUUGGGUCUGAAGAGGAGCUGGAUGAUAUGGCGUUUGUAGAAGAGGAUGCACAAUUUGAAAAUGACCGUUACUACAAUAACUCAAGAUAUAUUUCCUCUCAUGAUGAAUGGUCACAAGGCUAUUAUGAACAACAAAGUAGCAUGGGGAAUGUUUGCACAAGGGGCUCAGAUGAAAUGUCACCUGUGGAGCAACCAAAUAAGGAGUAUCAUGAUACUAUGGAUGAACUUCAGAACUUAGUUGACACUGUGUCAGAAUAUCUGGUUGGAAGAGAGGAGGAAAUUAGUAAAUAUGAAUCAAUGCAAAAAUCUGUCACAAAAACAGAAACGGGGAGUGAAGAAAUGAAAACUGAGGGUGAACCAGCUGAGGUCAAAGAGGAAAAUGCUGUGGAACAAGGUAUCGCAGGUGUUAAAAAUGCCAUGAGCUCAUUGUUUAACACAUUCACAAAUACUAAACCAGCAGCUGAAAAUACAGAAUCAACAGAAACUGCAACAAAAACUCCAUCUCCAGUUCCUCCCCAGGCAGAGUCUGGUAUUUCCAAACUGUUCUCUUUUAUACCUAAAACGUCUGGUAGUCCAACUCCUGUUGCUGUUGUACCACCUGCUAAUCAGGAAGUCAGUGCAGAUAAGAAGUUCUCUUUGCAGUCACUCUUGCCAUUUCAGUCCCCAGAGGUCAGUCGACCAGCUAGUGCCACAUCAGAGACUGAUGCUACAAACAUUACUGAUUCAAGUAGCUCUCAAACUCAGGACUCCACUCCAAGUCAGGCUCAAACAGUGGUUGAUUCAGUGCUAGGAAGAUUGAGCCCUUUCAGGCUUUUUGGAGACAAAUCUAGUGCUGAAAAUACUUCGCAGUCAGAUAUAUCUCAGGGAAACUCAGAGUUAAAAGAAGCAUCAAUGGAUAAAUCCAAGAGUUUUUCUUUAGAGGGUUCUGGCACACAACCUGAGCACCAGUCCUCAUGUGGUGGAUCAGGAAGUGGAUCAGUAGAGCUCUUACCUGAAACAGAAUCAUCUGGUGAAUUACCUGAUUCCAUGCCCAGAGGGCCUAUGUCUAAGCAAGGAGAGAGUAAAACUGAAGCAAAUGCUGCCAGUCACAUACCCGCAGAAGAAACUGGAUUCUUUAGCCCUUUUAAGAAGUCACUGAACUCACUCAUAUCAAACAAUACACCUGAUGACAAGCCAGCUGAGUCCCCCUCAAUGUUCUCUAUUUUUAAGCCAGCCGAGGCUCCAAGAUCUGAGGAUGUGUCUAGUACUUUUGGCAAUAAAUUAAAGCUUCCUUUCUUUUCCUCAGAUGCUCCGGUCAGUACUCAGGUGCCUAAACAAGAAGGUGGUAUGCUCUCUGGAUUUCUAAAAUUGACAACAGGUGAAGAUCCCAAUCCACCUAGACCUGGCGUACCCCAAACUGGGACUAAAUCACCACUGUCCAGUCGUUCUGCAUUGCUUGAAAGUGUUUCCAAAGGAAAUACAGAUACUGGCUGGUUCUCCAAUCUGUUUAAAGCAAGUCCAACUGAUCCAAAGGCACAGACUGGAACACAAGACUCAUCAAAGCCAACAGCAACUACACAAAGUAUUCCCACUGUUAUUGUGAAUCCUGAAAAACCACUCAAUGUAGAAGAAGCUUCUGCAGAUAUAGUCAUAGAAACAGAUAAAAAAUGUCAUGAGUGCCUGUCUACUGAAAAUCAAAGUGACAUUAAAAUAGAUACACUGGAUGCAGACCAGGUUGAGAGAAAUGAAAAUCCAUCUAAACUUCAAGAUGGAGCAAAUGCUAAGCCAGAGGACCAUCAUCCAAAGACUCAGGUGCAACCAAAGCCACAAACCGAUACACAAGCACAACCCCAGUCUCAGGGCUUGCUAUCCAGUCUUUUAUCUGCCAACAACAAACCGCAAACAAUUUCUGGUCAACCACAACAGGGUGGAUUAUUCUCAGGGCUACUUUCCACUGUUACUGGCACCCAGAACCAGGUUGAACCAGGGGCUGCACCUCCUCAGUCAGGAGGACUGUUGUCAGGAUUAUUGAAAAUGACUGCCCCUGAAAGCUUUACCACAAGCAGCCAAUCAGCAAGCCCACAACAACAACAACCCUCCAAUGAAGGGAGCUCCUGUCAAGAAUCACCUGCAAAUACUCAAAGCCAGAGCCAACCACAGCAGAGCACUGGAAUUUUCUCUGGGUUAUUCAAAUUGGCCAGUGAUACAGUUUCAAGCCCCCAAACAGCAUGUGUCCAGUCAGCACCAGGUCCUGAAAAUCAAAAUGUCAAUAAGCAAGUAGCAUUGGAGGGCACCUCCAAUGAGCCAUCUCAAGGAGCUUCACCUCAGCCUCAAUCAGGAGGAUUCUUAUCUGGGCUUUUGAAGUUGGCCAACCCUGAGACAGUCCCAGCACCCGGAGAGGUAUCCCAACCUCCGCAGCAGCAAACAUCACAACAGAGCAGCAGUCAACAAACAAGUCAACGACAAACAGACACAAAGAGUCAACCACAAUCUCAGCCGCAGGCAGUUGAACCACCUCCAAGUCAAACCGGAGGACUUUUGGGGGGACUCCUAAAACUAACAGAGAAUGCUCUUGCAGGGUCACAACAGCCAAGUGGCCCUGGCAGUCAGCCUAAUCAACAACAGUCCAGCAAUCCAAUUGCACAGCCACAACCACCACCUGCUACAGCAAGUGGAAUGUUUUCAGGAUUUUUUAACAAGCUAACAGCCCCAGAGAGUGCUCCUCAACAGCCACAUCCUGGAAAUAGUACCCUGACCUCACAACAAAACUCUAAACUCCCUGAACAACCGUCACCAUCUCAGACAGGUGGCUUCCUUUCUGGCCUGUUUAGUAUGAGUGCUUCAGACAUUAAUAAUGCCAAAGAUCCAGCUCCCCUAAGUCGUCCACAGCAGGAGCCUCCUUGUUCUGGUCAACCUAAUGCACAGCAAACUAACAGACAAAACUUGCAACGACAAAACCAAGAUCCACCUCUCCAGGUACCACAAAGUGGACCAAGUGGAAUGUUCUCUGGGUUGCUUAAUAAGAUUGCAGAUACUGCCACUGCACAACCCCAGUCACAAACCAUGCAGCAAGUCAGUAGGUCUGGUCAAAAUGAAAGUGCCCCCCAGCAAUCUUCUAGCCAACAGGGUGGGUUCUUUUCUGGGCUUUUUUCAACAAAUCCAACACCAACACAAUCACAACAAGAACCACCUGGGUCCAGUCAACAGCAGCAGGGAAACAGACAGCCUUUACAAAGACAAAAUCAGAUUCACUCUCAUACUUCAUCAACCACUGAGCCACCACAAGGGGGUUUGCUUUCAGGCCUUUUCACCAAACUUGCAUCAGUAGAUACUCCAGCUCAGUCAACAAAGUCUGUUCCAGGAGGUCAGCCUAACCAACAAACAAGUAGGCCAGAUGCAUCAGGACAGAGUCAAACCUCUACCCAGCAGCCACCCCCUCCAAGCCAAUCAGGUGGACUUCUUUCUGGUCUUUUGAAGAUGGGAUCAGAAGCUGCAACUCAAAAAUCACCUUCUGUAGGACAGCAGCCACAUCCUGCUUCUGGAAGCCAGCUGCAAAGUCCACAACGUCAAGCUCAGACUGCGUCACAAGGAGCAACACAGUCUGGUGGUCUAUUUUCUAGCAUUUUCAAAAUGGCCACCUCGGAUGAAUCUGUGCAACAACAUACUCAGUCAAGCAAGCAGCCAGCAAAUGCAUCUGUUCAAAGUGCAAGCAAUCAGCAAAAUGAGUCUAGUAGCAUCUUAUCUGGAUUUUUGAGCAAACUUGCCACAACAGCUGAAGAACCAACAGCAACAAAUGAAGGUUCUCCUAGUCAGAAAUCAAAACAGCAGCAACAAGACCGUUCUGGAAUUAAACCUAGUCAAGGCCGCCCACAGAUUCAGAGGACCAAACCAGUUGAACUUUUGUCCUCUGAAGAUGGAGGUGCUGAAAAAGAUCAAAAAGUUUCAACACAAAAAGUUUUUUUGUCUGGAUUAUUUAACAAGGCAUCAGAGGAAGACACUUCAUCUAAACUUCCUUCUCUUCAAAUCAAAGAAGAACCAAAAAGUAGUUCCAGUAGUGGUGCAGGUGUGCUUUCUGGGAUUUUUAAAUCUGGAGCCAAUGAAAACGACUCACCAGCAAAAAGUAAGGACCAAGAAAAGGGCUUUCUUGAUCGACUAAUGUCUAAGCAGAGUAAAAAUGAGACCACUACUUCAGUUACCAGCAGCACCGGGAGUUCAGAGUCAAACAAAUUAGUAAAUGAAGCUUCUCAACAACCUGCUAAUCUGCAUCCUGCAGUGAAAUCCACACAACUGUACAUGGAGGAGAUACAUAGACUCUUAUAUGGCACGUCUACUAAUUAUGGAUACCAAGAUUUAUUGUAUACAUUUGCAGAGAAUGGUGUGAUUCCCCCAGAACUGUAUGAACAUCAGUGUCUCAUAGAAGCUCUUCUUUGGCAGCAACUGAAUGAUUAUGCUCUAUUGGAGACCCUAGCAACACAAGUUCCAGACUGUUAUUCUGCAAAUCAAGUGGGAAUGCCAUUACCUUCUGAACCAGUAGUAGAGAUGCCUGAAUGGUGGAAUUUUAAAAAUAUGGAUCCUAGUCAGUUCCAUAUACCCUCACAUCCUUGGCAGGAUGCUGUCAAUUUGCCAUUUCAAAGUAGUCUUCCACUAGCAAACGGAGAGGAUAUUUUUGUAUUUGACAUGAGUAACACAAACAGGAAAUCCUGGGGAGGCUCUGACCAUUUAGAUGACUUCAGUGAUAAAAGAAGCAAAAAGCCUUGGAUGGAGAAAGAAGCUGCUGUUAACCUCUCAACGGAUGUACCAGCAAAAAUAUGUUCAUGCCAGUCAAUGUCAGACUAUAAACUAAAUAGUAAAAAUGCCUCAAAGACCCCCAAACCACAUUUUGAUUUUAAAUUUGACUCAAGAUUCUUCAAACGACUCACUGAAAAAAAGGGGCCAUUGGAUUUGACUCCAGGUGCAGUUGACCUCAGAAGCUCUGUGACUGCUAGUGGAGAUAUAGAAAAUGAAAUGUUUUUUGAAGAUUCUGAGUGGUACCAGCAGUGGCUAUCCUUGUUGGAGCAGGGAAUGUGGUGGCCAGCUGAGGUAGGAGACUGUGGCUAUUAUGUUUACAUGGAUGAAGAAUAUAUAUACUCUCUUUUGACUGAUAGGGCUGGUAAGCACCUUUAUGCAUGUGCGACCCCAGAGGAGAGCCGUGUUUUAGAACGAAUCACUGAAAAUAUCUCAAGUAUUCUGCAUAAAAAAGAUAAACCAAAGAUGACGCUUUGUGGUUUUAAAAUUCCUCUAUUCAAUGAAGAUGAAGUGUUUUGGAUACCAGGAAAAAAUCAGUGUGAUAUGCAGCUCCUAAAUACUCCUGUUGAUUUGUCUUCAGCUCUUCAGAAAGGUGACCGGAUUAUGAAUAUGAACCUUGAGCGGUUCUCCCAAAUGUUUCAGGAGUCCAUAAAUGCACAGACAGAGCAACCUGUUGACUUCAGUGUGUACCAUCUCAAAAAAGUAAAAAUGGGUUCACAAGAGCCAAGCAUAAUUUCUACAGAGGAGCAACAAGAAGCAGCUGACCUCUCAAGGAAAGAAAAGAAUCCAUGUCAUGGAGGACCAUACUGGAAAAAUCAGGGUAUUAAAGACCUUUUUCCUGAAGUAUCUGUGCCACAGUCCUCUUCUCCAGUUAUGUCUACUUCAUCAGUGGGCUAUAGACGGCACCCCUCAAAUAUGAAACCUUCAAUUCCUGAAAUCAUGAUUGGACAUGUAGAUGAUAAGCCUGUUGACCAGAAAACUCAGAAUAAGCAAACUUCCCAUCCUGUUUUAACUACUAAGAAUUUUGUUGAAAAGACAUCUACUACACCACAAACAGCUAAAAGCACAGCUUUAGCAGGAUCUGCAAUUACACCACAACCUCAGGCCACUUCUAGAAAACUUCCUGAUCUACCGAAGAGCAAUGGAAUGCCACCUACUUCAACUAGGACACUUCCUGUAACACCAGUAAGUUCAACAAGGCAGGAUGGGUUUAGACAGCCCAGUGCAACCCCCACACCUCAAGUAUCACCUACUAAGCCCUCUGCUGCCUCACAGAAACAAAAACUAGCAAGACAGCCAUCACAGUCAACACAGUCUCCUUUAUCAGACAAAGUGUCAAAUUUUGAAGUCUCUAAGACUGCAGUAGUUCCCUUAAAGCCAAAACCUUGCACAGUGAUGUCAAAUCAAACAAUAUCAUUGCCACCACCACAGAAUUUACUUUUUAACAAACCACAAAUAGCAGUUGACUCUUUUUUUUGUAGUAAACCUAUGGAUUUCUCUGGAACCAUGAGCAAAAAAGACAAAGGUAAUGAUGAGAAAUCUCCAUUAGAUACUCAUGCUGAAGGAUGUAUUCUGGAUGUCAUUGACUUUACCACAACAAAACUAAACAUUAAAAACCAGAAUGAAGAGACAUCUGACAUGAGUGAGACAGCAGCUGACCUGACUGUUGAGUUAAGUAAGGAAGUGAAAGAAAUAAAUGUCACAUUUCCAGCUCUAGAGGUCAGAAAUCUCUCCUUGAAAAUGUCUGAAGUACCUCUCGGAACUGUAUCUGCUCCACCCUCUCCGAGAAGCAGACCACAAUACUUUCCUCCAGACUGUGGAGUUCCCAGACAAAAUGACAGUUGUGGCAAUGAAGCACCCUUAUCACAAAGACAAAACCCCCAGCUUGCUAGACAAGCCUCAGGUCAGAUGCCCCAGGCAAAGAGUACUCAAGUAAGCUCUAACAGAGUCCUGGUGGAUUCGCCCUCAAAGGCAGCAUUUAAGUCAGCCUCAACACCAGCUCAACUUGAUAGGCUAGAGGGAGGUCCAUUUAAGCGAAGUGCCAAACCCAGCCAAGUGCCAACUUCUAUACCUCGGGCACCAUCACCUCAUACAUGUUCUGAAAUAAAAACAUCACCCAUGUUAAGCCCAGCAUUGCAGAUGCCUGCUCAAAAUAAAAAUAGUCUCAUAAGGCAGACUUCACUUGCUAGUGAAUCUUUAAGAAUUAGUCACAUGACUGGACAAUCACAUAAUGAGAGCACAGCUCCAGCUAAUUCAGUCAGAGCAACUCUGGAUAUGACUUCAAAGACAGUCAAUAAAGAUAUGGGGACAGUAAUCACUGAGAGCUCAGCAGCUGAAGCUGUCUCCCUUGUAAGAAGCAGACGUGCGUCAGUCACAGAAAUGAAUACAGAUUCUGUUGGUUUGCCUUUGCUUGUAGAGCCAUCAGCACAAGAGGUAAAUCUUCAAAGGCAUCAAUCAUUACCCCGGCUCUUAUCUAGUGAAUCCAAGUUUUUCCAAGAAGGCCCUGUUUUACACAUCCAAAACAGUAUUUACAACAAAGCAGCAAGUUUGCCACUGCAACCCUCUCAUUAUCAUCAAACAGCAACUGCUCCAUCAAAUGCAAUUAAAGCUACGUUAGAUAUGUCUGCAAAAUCAACUACAUGUUCGGCUGUGGUAACUGAGGCAGUUCAAAAAGAAGCACUGCCACUUGUGAGAGCAAGGUCGACAUCGAUCUCAGAUGGCAAUGAAGAGCUUGUUGGAUUACCUUUGCUUGUUGAGCCAUCAGUACCAGAGAAAAAUCUUCUCCCACAAAGGCGUCAGUCAUUGCCACAACUCUUAUCUAGUGACUCCAAGUUUUACCAGGAAUGCUCUGUUUUACAGAGCCAAAAUCAUCCUUAUAACAGAACUGUAAGUUUGCCAGUGCAAUCUUCUCCUUAUCAUCAAACAACAACUGCUCCAGCAAAUGCAAUUAAAGCUACAUUAGAUAUGUCUGCAAAAUCAAUUACUCAUUCAGCUGUGGUAACUGAUGCAUUUCAAAAGGAAGUGCUGCCACUUGUGAGAGCAAGAUCAACAUCGAUCUCAGAUGGCAAUGAAGAAGUAGUUGGUAUGUCUUUGAUUGUGGAGCCUUCAACACAACAGCGGAAAACUCUUCUCAGGAGUUUUGAAUCACAAUCAAAUGUUACACAAAGUGAUUCUUCACAACAGAUGAUGGAUUUGAAAGCAUCACAGUUAAGUCCAAUCUUAAACCGACAAACACCUAGUUGGCAAACGGCCUGUGCUCCAGCCAGUGCAGCUAAUACAAUUUUAGAUAUGUCUCCAAAGCCAACUGAAAAAGUCCAAGAGGAAAAACAAGAAUUAUCUCCAAUGCCAUUGAUGAAAAGAAAAACAUCAGAUACUGUGAUUGCCAUAGGGGCAUCUGUUGGAUUGCCUUUAAUAGUAACACCCUGUAAUUCCCAAGAAAACCUUAUAAUGAAGUCUACAUCUCCAUCGCAAGUGCAGAAAAGUUCAGAUAAGGAAACACUGAAAGAAAAGAAUAGUGUUAUUUCAAGCCAGCAAUCCCUUGAAGUCAGAAGAAUCUCUGCUAAAGUGGGUUUCUUUCAAAGCAAAGCUGGCACAUUACAAAUGACACGGCAAUCAUCUCUUUCAGGACAACCCAACAGAAUACCCACAGCACCAGCUAAUACAAUCAAGGACAUAGUUGACAUGUCUCCAAAACUCUUGUCAAAGCCAUCAGAGAUGUCUGGAGAUGUUAUCAUUGAAGCUGGUGUGCUGUCACUUGUGAAAACAAGACCAACCACUGAUGCUGAAGUAUUAAAAAGACUAGCUGGUGUACCUUUAAUUGUAGAGCCUCCUUUGUUCCCUAAACCAGUUCGAGGGCAAAGCAAAUUGCCUGAUGAAAAGUCCUCUUUUUCUUUGAAAUCAACUAUAGAUCAAGGACCAAAAGUACCUUCGGCACCAGCUAACACAAUUAAAUCCACUAUUGAUAUGUCUGUGGUCCGAUCAACUUCUACAAUGUCUGCGGGAUCAACAGGAGAAAUGCUUCCAAAUGGAGUAUUGCCUCUUGUCAAAGAUAAAGUAUUCAUCAACAAACAUUCAAGCAAAGAUUCAGUAGGAAUGCCAUUAAUAGUUGAAUCAUUUUCGCCUUCUGAGCAGAUCCCUCAAAAAAUGUCACACUGUAUAUCCUUACUAGAAAAAAGUAAUCCACAUCGAAUGCAAUUAUUGGAUGGACAUCAUACUACAGAAACUUUGUUGCGCCAGCAGAUUCCUACCUAUCAUCGAAAUGGAAUGCUCCCAAUCUCAAAGAUACAAACUGUAGAAUCUCAGGCCUUGAGCAAACCUGUUGACUUUUCUGUCAUUGUUUCACCUACAAAGCCCAACUGCUCCUUUGUUCUUCAGAAUGGACAUCCUGUGGAUUUUACUCAAUCUGAAGAGGAGAAAUUAAGGAUUGGAAGCAGAUAUCCCAAAAAUGGUAGUAUUACUUCUAAAAAAUGUUUUGUUGGUGCUGUUGACUUGACUGCUGACAUAAUGAUUGACGUAAAUAAAAACAAAAGUGACAAUGACGUCAAGGAUCUUUCAUCUCUAAGAACUACUAACAUAUCUACUCGGAGCACAUCAAGAUGUACAGUGCCUAUAUAUGCAGUUCAGAGUUCCACUACAACAAAUAAGCAAGAUUCUCCUCAACUGUCAGGAAAUCAGGAAAUAUUGGUCACCCAAUCAAAUAAUUUACCUACAUCUCAAGCAUCAUAUCCGUCUUUUCAGUCCAAUGUGCCUACUCUAAUGGCAGAUACAUCAGUUCAGAAGAAAAAUAAUUUGCAUAGAACUGAUUUGCAUUUCCUCAAAUAUUCUGAACAAUUAAGGGAAGCACAACAUGAACCUACUGAACCAGUCAACCCACAGCUUCUGGAUAAGGAGCAAGCAUUUGCAAGCAGCACAAGUGUUGAUCCACAUGGCUCUCUGCUCUCUACAGAAAUCAGUGAUUCAUCUAAUGUGGUGACCUUCAAUGACUUGCCCCAAAAAUCUAUGCCUCACAUAAAUUGCUCAGAGCAUACAACUAAUCAGCAACCAGCUCAAAGGUCUAUCAUCAGUAGGCAGAUAAGACACCGGUCAAUUCCCUCAACAUUAACUGAGAAUGAUGGGAUUCAACAUAUUCAGCAGGCUGAGCCAUUAAUUACUUCAACUACUGUCUCAAGACCAAAAGGUCUUAUCAAACAAUCAACAGUGGAAAGCAUUGGAGAAGACUGCAUCCCUCAGAAUGGGACAGCUGCUUUCAACGAAAAGCCGCUAGUGUUAGACAAAACACUUGUUCAAACUUCAGUUGUUCCAGUUGUAUCAGUUCAAGAUGUAUCCAUACAUGAUCAAGAUUUGUCAUCUAACUUUGUGUCUACUACUGCAAACCUGCCAGUGACGACUUCUGCCAUUGUACUAGAAUCGGUGGUCGUUGUACCCACAAGUACUACGAACUCUGAAAUUACCAUGGCAUGUCCAAGACCACUUUCAUCAAGUCCAGCUGUCGUGUCAAGUGUUAUGGAUGGAUCUCCAUAUCAAGUCUCAAUUUCAGGCCCAGCCACAAAGAUAUCAGUCAAAGGAUUGAUAUCGUUAUUUGAUGGAGCAGGCUCACAGCCAACAACAGAUAAUGUCUCACAAAGAAGUGAUACAAUGAUACAGUCAAUCAUCAAACCAUCACUUCAUCAUUGUAUUGAAUUUAACCAAGAAAUUACCAAAUCUCCAAACCUGACAGUGACAACAACAGCAGAUACAUCAGUGUUCAAUGGAACUAUACUAACUACUGUUCAAGCACAUACUGCACCACCAUCCUUAGUUGAUCCACCCACGGAGCCUUUUCCAAGUCCAGGAUUUACUACACCACCUUCUGUAUUAAUUCCACCUGUUGAACUUAAUAAAGUUUCCCCAGUUCCACCAGCUCAAGUUUUCCCCACUGACCCACCUUUAAGAAGUUUACUAGUACAACAUAACAGAACGUCAGUUCCUCAGAUCACAGAGGCGUUUGCUGAAAGUAGGGCUCCAACAUUUAGUGGCACAAUUUCUCAGCCAAUUAAUGUUUUUGGAAUUUCAGCAGAGUCACAGUCUCAAAACUCUUCUGGAAGCAUCUCCUUAGCUGAAGUUUCAGUCACAAGUGAUGCGUCAUUUCUGGUUGACACAAGCCUUCCUACAUCUUCCCCUGAGUCUACAAUUACCCCCUUAACACUUCAAACACAAUUGAAAGAGAUAUCAUCUAUGGUCAUGUCUGGCAACCAGACUGAUUCAGGCCAACCGGAUAAAAUGUCAACUCUACAUCAUUCAGCUACAGUUAGUGGAUGUGAUGCCCAGUAUAUGUCAAAUCAAGCUACCUCACAGGCCACCAUACCACAAACAGCAGCAAUGUCUCAAUCUGUCUCAACACAAGAUAUUGUGGUGAACAAUGUUAGUCAAUUAGAUGUUACUCCCCAACAGUUUAUUUUGUCUGAGAUGAUGUCUAUUGAAGAGGUACCUUCUUUUACUUCAGUUUCACCCACUGAGCUAGAGGGGCGAUCAUUAGUAAGUUCUGGUUUGGGGCCAAGAAAGAUGCUUAUUCCUCAGAUCAUGAUUUCGGAGGCUAGCAGUCCUGAAGACUGUCCUAGUGAAGAUGAUAUAUUGACAGAUGAACCUGAUAAAACAAAGAAAGAUGAUUUUGCUUUGUCUCUCAUUGACAAGACCUCUAUGGAAAAAACUGAUGUGUCUCAAGACAAUUUAGCUACAGAGGAUGUGGCAUCUCAAGAAAUUGACAGUCACAGCAUCAAAAUGAAUUUCUCUAAAAUAAUGGAUUCUCCAGAGGCUCUAACAGAGGUUUCUGACAUUAAACAUGAUUACUCCGUUGAGGAUGUACUCACCAACUCUGAUGCAUUUUCAGCACCAGUAAUACUAAGCACUGUUGAACAAAAAGAGAGUAUCUGCCCUGAGGCCAGCUCUUCUGAAAAUACAUAUCUUGAAGAAGAUUACAAUAAAGACAACCAAGUGUCCAGUGCUUUUAAAGAGUCAAACCUAGAGGAUGGUGGAAACACUGAAUCAACAAAGUGUGAAGAGAAAAUAAAAGAUAUUGACGAAUCCCCUAAAUUAAUGUCUGACAACCUGAGUAUCACUUCUGGACCAGUGUCUUCAGGAACAGAAAAAGUAUCAGAAGACACUCUGAAAACCUCCAUAGCAAAAUCUAAACCAAGCACAACCGAAGGGGAAGUGCAGGCGGCAGGGCCUGCAAGCUCAAAUGAAGAGGCCAUAACCACCAGCACUGAACCAGCUUCUCCUUCCACUCUCAAAGACACAGUUGUUGAAGAGCAAUCUGGCAAAGGCAUAUUCUCACUUUUUGGCACAUCUCAACCUCAGAGUGGACAAUCCAUACUAGGAGGAAUAAUCCCUGGGUCCUCAUCCUCCAAAGAAAUGCCAGGUACAGGAUUAUUCUCAAUGUUUGGAAGUGCUGCUCCUCAAGCAACCCCUGCAUCACCUGCACCCAAAGAUCCACCUGGAAAGGGCAUAUUUUCUAUAUUUGGUGGAUCUGUUGCUCAGCCACAACCUGAAAAGGAAGGUCCGCCUGUUUCUGGCCCAAAAGAUCUGCCUGUAGGUCCAAGACCACCUCACAUGCCUACUCCAAGGGUGGCCUCAGGACCUGGACCAAGAGGACCACCAGGACAUGUUCUAAGGGCUACAUCAGGACCUGGACCAAGAGGUCCAACUCCAAGAGGGCCCACUUCCAAAGAACCACUUGGUAAAGGAAUUUUUUCUGUGUUUAGUGGGUCUUCUCAGCAGACAGCACCAACAGGUGGAGUUGCUGCAAAAACACCUGGAUCUGGAUCCUCCAUUCUCGGAGGUAUUUUGCCUGGUUCUGGGGCCAAAGAAAAUAAUGGGCCUGGUUUAUUUUCCAUGUUUGGUGGAAGUAGUUCUCAAUCUCAAGCACCAACUGAUGCUGCUGCAACUGAGUCCAACAAUAAGGAUACAACAGGAAAGGGAUUGUUUUCCAUGUUUAGUGGGCAAAGUCCAACUGGAGGCUCUGAGCCAGAAAGUCUCUUUAAAGUUCCCUCUGUUUUCUCAUCUGAUAAAACAAAAUCUACUGGAUUUAACAUCAUGUCUUUCAUGGAUGAUAAAAAAUCAGAUUCUAAAUCUGUGGAUGUGACCACUAUAAGGGAGGGUUCUCUCACAUGCCAUGUAACAUCCAUACAUUUAACUGAAUCAGUUACAGAUGAAAAUGCAUCUGUUGAGGCUAAAGAAGAGGUUCCUGUAGAAAACACAUUUGAAUCUCCAGUUAAGUUGGAUCAAAAACCAUGUGAUGAAAUGAAGGAAGAGUCUGUGGAUGUUACAGGGAGGACUGAUGAAAUGCAGCCAUCCAUAAAUGAUAAUACAAUGUCUAAAAUGAAGACACUAAUAAAUGAGGAUGCAGAGGUUGUAUUUCUGACAGAGGAACAAACUAAAAAGGAAGAAAUUUCGGUGGUCGACAAAAUACAUGAGGAAAAAACUAUUAAUGAGCAACUUAAAAAUGAGGACCUGGACAUGGAAAGCUACAAAGAAACUGUAGACACUUGUUCAAAGAAAACUGAUUGCAUGACAUCAAUAAAUGAGACUGAAGAGGUUGUACUUUUAACAGAGGAACAAUCUAAAAGUGAAGAAACUUCAGUGGUUGAUAAAAUACAUGAGAAACAAACUAUUAAUGAGCAAUUUAAAAAUGAGGAGCUGGAUAUAGAAAAUUACAAAGAAACUGUAGCCGCUUGUUCAACGAAAACUGAUUGCCUGACACCAAUAAAUGAGACUGAAGAGGUUGUUCUUCUGACAAAGGAACAGUCUAAAAAUGAAGAAACUUCAGUGUUUGACAAAAUACAUGAGGAACAAGCUAUUAAUGACAAACUUAAAAAUGAGGAGCUGGGCUUGGAAAAUGACAAAGAAAAUGUAGCUACGAGUCCAGAAAAAAAAGAUUUUAAUAAAGAUUUAAAUCAGUUUGUUCUUGAAAAUUCAUCCGGGCAAGUUGUAGAGCCUGUUGCACUUGAGAAACCAUCAGAGGUUUCAUUAGAAUCUGAUAAAGCUGUAGAGCUUGAAAAACUGCCUGAGAAAAAAUUACAAGAAAAUGAAAUGCUAUUAGAAAAUGACAAACCAGUGGAGAAAAAUGUGGAAUCAGAAGAACGUCUGGAACUGGAAAAGUCUCAAGAAACAAGCAAACCUCUGGAUGCUGAGAAAGCCACAAUAAAUGAGAAAACUCUCACUGAAGAAUCAUGGAAAGGUGAUGAUGUACAAAUAACAUACACAAUUUCUGACAGCCAGCAAGCAGACCUUAAGGAAAAAACAGAUGAAAUCACAAAGUCAGAAGAAAGUGACAAACCAUUAAUGGUGGCAACCAUGCAACCAUCUUUAGAUCCACAGCUGAUUUCUUCUAUUCCGCAACAGCAACAGCCUAAACAAGUUAAUGUACCUCAGCCGGGAAUACUGGGUUUUCCUGCUCAACCUAGACCAAGAAUGGCUGGACCUUUUUGUCAGCCCAGACCUGGAAUGCCUGGACCAAGAGGACCUAGACCUGUAAUUUCUGGUCAACCAAGACCAAGAAUGCCUGGCUCUCAAAGACCCCCAGAACCUGCUGCAUUUUCUGGCUUCAUGUCAAUGUUUUCUGGCCCAAGUGCUUCUAGCAAGCCAGCAACUUCUAGUUUCUUCUCAGUGCCACAGACCUCUUUCUUCAAGUCAUCACCUACCUCUACUGCAGCACAACCACAACAGCAGAAGAGCUCAUUUUUUAAUCUUCCAACCAGCCUGCCAACGGACUCCCUCACUGGGGAUCUGUUUGGAAUGUUUAAAGGAACAGAAGCAACAAAAUUAGAUGAAACCAAGCUACCAGAUAAAUCUGAAACUAAAGGUAACAAUGGAACACAUGACUCUAAAGAGCAAAUGAGCCUCAAUGUUAAUGAGUCAAGUGCAGUCUCUGAAUCUGAGUCUGUAUCAGUUACUAAAUUAGUAAAUGAGGAACUGAAGGAAUGCGAUUCUGAGUCGUUAAAGGUUGUUGAAGAGCAAGAGGUCAACUCUUCACAUGAAACAAAAGAUGAAAGCAAGGAGAUCAAUGAUACAUCUGAAACAAGACACAGAGAGACAUCUGAAUUGGGUUUAUCCUCAAAGGUAUCACCAGGAGACACUGAAACCCCACCAUCUACACCCAAAAUACUAGUUGAAGACAAACGACCAACCUCACCACCUUCUAAAGGUAUUUUUGGUGAUUUUAUGUCUGGUGCAGCAGAGACAGCCAAACCUUUCAGCUCAUUUUUUGGCUCUUCCACUCCUGCCCCUUCAGUUAGCACCAACCCUUCACAGCCACAAGCAGAGAGCAGUAGUCUGCUUUCUGGUUUCAAGGGUUUGUCUGUGGGUCUCUUCCAAGAAGAUAAAUCAGCUUCUGCAAAGGAAGAGACCAUGUCAUCAAUGUUUGGAAGAAAAAUAGGCUUCCCAUGGCAAAGUUCACCUCCUCAGACCCCUCCUGCAGCCCAGUCCGAACACCCAGACUUGAAGCCUGAAGAAAAUGAUGAACCCGAGGCUGAUAAAUUGUCUCUUGAAUCAGAGGUCACAGGAAGUGCAGAUCCCAGUGAUACAGAAGGUCCAAGUGACAACUCUUCACAAAAGCAGCCAAGCUUUGACACAAGUCCAGAGAGUCCGACAGCACUUAAACAAGGGGCGUCCUGUCUGGAAGUAGAGCAUAUAGAGAAAUCUCAAUUUUCCCAAGAUUGCAUAGAUAAGGACAAGGACCCUCCUGAUAUAAAUUCCAGUGAAGAAAAGCCACCAGGGACCCAUCUACAGCAAACCUUUGAUAAAAGCCCGGUGGACAGCUCUCGAUUUGGGUCUUCUGGUAACCUUAGCCAAGCCAGUUCCCAGUUCAGCUCUGAGCCAGAAGAGCGAAGCUAUUCAGACAGUCAAAUUAGGACUUCUGUUGUUGCUCAACCUCUUCCAGCAUCAGAUGACACAGAAAAAGGGGAAAGAGAGAUACUAGCAAAUGUGGAGAAAGAUGUACAAGGGGAGGUCACACCCAAGCCUGUUGCUCAUCAAGGGAGAAAGCCAGAAAGGCAGCACAGUUUCUAUGAGGAUGGCCCACCUCCUUUCUCUCCUUCCCGUCUGCGCUGGUUGAAAGCCAUCAAUAAAGUAAGAGUGAAGCUGCAUGAGUCUGUGGUCUACAUUGAUAUGUGCAAACUGCCACAGCAGCUGUGUCUUCAGAUGCAGCUGCUAGAGGGAGGGAGCGUGGUGAUAGAAAUCCACAGCACAGAAGAAGGGAGGGAAGCGAUGUUCUCCCGCAACCGCUGCAAUGGACAGGAUGGUACGGGCGUCCCUCAGUAUCCCCGACCCAAAAAGAAAACUGCAGUGCCAAAAAGAAGGCAGCCUAAUCCCAGAGUUGCUCUGGUGUUGCGUGGGAAAAUUCAUCGUUUCUUGCAGGGAUCUGCAGAUCAUACUGUCCAGCCUUCUGGUCUUUACAAUGCUGGAAUUGAAGAACAGGAUGAAGAGGGUGAAGAGGAUGUUGAAAAGUUGCAGAACUAUUACAGGAGAGAAUUAGCUUCAGCAGAGGUCUGCUGCUUGCCUCAGGUGCCAAAUGGACAUGGGCUGGGAGAAGUUUCUGAGGCACCUUGUGUCGGUGAAGUGGAACUAAAUCGAGAAGGAGGCAUCAGGAUUCCUUGCACUUUGCAGCACAACAGUAAUUUGACAGUGGUUCAAAACCAAAUAUCGCAAGAUAUAAAUGGGACCGAGUUUUCAUCUGGUAAAGCACUUGAUGGUCAGCCUAAAAAACAGACAGACACUCUGCUGUGCAGGUUUAAUAUGUUAGUACAGGAUGAAGUUGUGGAGGGGAAUAAUGAGGACUAUCAAGAGGAAGAGUCAAGUGCUAUCGUUGAGCACAUACUGAAGGAAUUGCGAGGGAUCAACAAAAUUCAAGAGGAGAUUUCAGACUUGAGGGAGUACUUGUCAUCUGUUCGUGGUUCUGUUGAGGAGGUCUCUAGCUGUGUCGAUGCAGUUUUAUUGGAGAUUGAAUGCAUGCGGUCUGGAAACAAAUCUGGUGUGGAGACCUGGCCAGGAGCAAUGGGGGGCACUGAAGGUCCCUCCCACCAUCACAAAUCAAGUAAUGCUGCUAGUAUAGGUUGCUUUAAGCCUUAUGCUGUUGAAUCCUCAAGUAGCUGUGGUGAUAUACUCUCGGAAUAUCAAGUUCUUGAUGGGAAACACAAAGAAGUGCCAAGGCAGGCCACUUACACUAGUGCCGAGACUUCAAACCACAAUGAACACCAUCCAUUUACACGAGAAACAUUGGAUCGAAGGUCAGAUGUAUCUCAAAGUGCAGGGAGAAGGAAGCUCAGCUUUGGUUACCUUGAGCGCCAGGAUGGACAGGACUGUCCAAGCACCAGUUCUCUAUCCUCGGGUCAGAGUUCCAAGUCUGAGUCUGAUCCAGAAAGACCCACCUCUGGACAGGGCAAGACAGGGUGUGAAUGUCAGACCUGGAACCCAGUGGCUUUAAAAUGCAGUGGGAGUGGAGAGAUCGGAUGGAGCGAAGAUGAUUCUUGCUCCAGGCAAGGCAGUUUUGAAGAGGCAGAGUGCUGCACAGGUGAAGUAAACCGUUGGGACCCAUCAAGAGCUGCAAGUACUUGUACAAUGGGCACCUCAGAUCAAAUAUCCAUAGUAACUGGUAAACACUACAACUCUCCUGCUAGUACAUGCAGUAGAGAGGAUUGGAAGCAGUAUGAUGCAGAAAUGCUCCAUGAAGAACCUGGUUUGGGCUGCCAUAAUUGCAAAGGAGAUGGUGAAUGUCCUCAGAGCUCUGUGUAUCAGAAUGACAUUUAUCAUGCAUCUUCUUGUGAGAAUUGCCUUGUAAAGCUUCCAUUCAAAGGUGAGUCGAUAGAAAAUGUAAUUGCUGAGCCAUCCAGGAGCCUUCUAUAUGAAGGUACAUCACUAUGUAAUCAAAAUGUCCCUGGUUGGAAGCCUGACUCUGCUGAUGACAGUAAUGUUGCCUUAAAUGUAAAAAAGUUUGGUAGAGCAGUUAUUGACUUUAAAACUGCCUUGCGGGGAGCUCUGAAGAAGAUGGAUGGAACUAGUGCUACUCUGCCUGGAGAAAAGAUUGAAGUCCAUCCACUGAUCUCCCUGUGUGGGAAGCAACAAGGAAUGAUGAUGACUGGGACACCAAAUUUAGAGAUGCCUCAGAUAGAGAUGGAGAAUCCACAAACAGAAACAAAUUAUUCUGAGAGGCCUCAAGCCAUCAGUACUGAGAAAGGCUUUGGAGAGAUACCUCAAUGCAUCUUCACCAAAGCAAAACUUGAAUCACCUCCUCACCAGCAUAAUAGUGAAGAUUCAGAACAUCCAAAUUCUCCAGGGUUGGACUCAUCCACCAGUAAUGCAUCAGAUGCUACAUCUGGACAUCCAACCAGUGCUCAUUUAACACAGUGCUUCUCUACAGACAUUAUCCCAGACUCUUUUUCCCCUGAGGAACUAGUUGAAGAGGAGCAGGGAACACUAACAGGGGAAACGAAGCCUCCCACUGAGUCCUCCACAGAAGGAGGUCGCGAAGCAGAGCUUAGUCAGCGGGAUGCACGGCGUCUGAAGUGCCUCAGGAGUUUCCAGCAGAUUCUGAGGGAGAAGAGAGAGUCCAGAAGACAACUCAGUAUAGUGACCAUGUCAACAUUUUCUGAAGAUGAUUUGAACCCAGAUGGAAGCCAGGAUGAAGAUCAGAAUAUCAAUGGAGACCAUAACAAACAUCCAUGGGCCAAACCUGGGGGAGGAGCAAUAUUUGGCAUUGAUAGCAUGCCUGACCUUAGGAAGAGGAAGCCUAUUCCUUUGGUUAGCGAAGUGUCUCUGGUACAGUCCAGGAAAGCAGGGAUCUCGCACACAUUAGCUGCACGCUCUUCACUGAAGGAUGAAGAACUGAAGAAUCACGUGUACAAGAAGACCCUCCAGGCUCUGAUUUACCCCAUUUCUUGCACGACACCCCAUAACUUUGAAGUGUGGACAGCCACCACGCCCACCUACUGCUAUGAGUGUGAGGGUUUGUUGUGGGGUAUUGCACGGCAGGGCAUGCGCUGCUCAGAGUGUGGAGUCAAAUGCCACGAAAAAUGCCAGGAGCUUCUUAACGCAGACUGUUUGCAGAGAGCUGCUGAGAAGAGCUCCAAAACAGGAGCAGAGGACAGAACCCAGCAUAUCAUAGCAGCCAUGAAGGACCGCAUGAAGAUCCGAGAGAGGAACAGGCCUGAAAUCUUUGAGAUGAUAAGGCUUGUGUUCAGUGUGAAUAAACUAAACCAUGCUCAGCAGAUGAAGGCCAUCAAACAGACUGUGCUUGAUGGAACAUCAAAGUGGUCUGCCAAGAUCUCCAUCACAGUGGUGAGUGCUCAGGGCCUGCAGGCUAAAGACAGAACUGGUUCCAGUGAUCCGUAUGUGACGGUUCAGGUUGGCAAGACUAAGAAGAGAACCAAAACUAUCUACGGUAACCUUAACCCUGUGUGGGAGGAGACGUUUAACUUUGAGUGCCACAAUUCAUCUGAUCGCAUUAAAUUGCGCGUAUGGGAUGAAGAUGAUGAUAUAAAGUCUCGUGUGAAGCAGCGUCUGAAAAGGGAAUCCGAUGACUUUUUGGGUCAGAGCAUCAUCGAGGUCCGAACCCUCAGCGGAGAAAUGGACGUCUGGUAUAACCUUGAAAAACGCACAGAUAAGUCAGCAGUAUCAGGGGCCAUCAGACUGCAGAUAAGUGUGGAAAUUAAAGGGGAAGAGAAAGUGGCCCCUUAUCAUGUUCAGUACACCUGUCUGCAUGAGAAUUUCUUUCACUUUAUGACAGACGUUGAAGGGCAGGGUGUGGUGAAGUUGCCCACGGCACGUGGCGAUGAUGCCUGGAAGAUCUACUUUGAUGAGAUUGCUCAAGAUAUUGUAGAUGAGUUUGCCAUGCGCUAUGGGAUAGAAUCCAUCUAUCAGGCCAUGACGCAUUUCGCAUGUCUGUCCUUUAAAUACAUGCUGUCUGGUGUCCCUGCGGUAAUGAGCACGCUCCUGGCCAACAUCAACGCAUUCUACGCUCACCCCACCUCGAUCACCAAUGUCUCCGCCUGUGACCGCUUCACUGCCUCCAACUUUGGGAAAGAUCGGUUUGUUAGACUGCUGGAUCAGCUCCAUAAUUCUCUCCGCAUUGACCUGUCAACAUACAGAAAUAAUUUCCCAGCCAGCAGUAAACCACGUCUAGCAGAUCUCAAAUCCACAGUGGAUUUAUUGACUAGCAUUACAUUCUUCAGAUUGAAGGUUUUGGAACUGCAAUCUCCCCCGCGUGCGGCCCAUGUGGUUAGGGACUGUGUGAAAGCAUGCCUCAACUCCACAUAUGAGUACAUCUUUAACAACUGCCAAGAGCUGUACAACAGACAGUUUCAGCCGGCCGUGGAGCCUAAACAAAAAGAAAAGAAAGAGGUAGAAGAGGGUGAAGAAGAGGAAGAGAAGAAGGAUGAGAAAGAUGAAGAAAUUGCUGCUGUAGAAGAACCAGGACCAAGCAUUCAGGAUUUGGACUUCUGGCCGAAACUCAUCACCUUGAUAGUUUCCAUCAUAGAGGAGGACAGGAACUCCUACAGUCCGAUCAUAAAUCAGUUUCCUCAGGAGCUAAAUGUAGGGAAAGUCAGUGCUGAGGUCAUGUGGACACUCUUCGCACAGGACAUGAAGUAUGCACUAGAAGAGCACGAGAAGAUGAGGUUGUGUAAAAGUGCGGACUACAUGAAUCUGCAUUUCAAAGUCAAAUGGCUCUACAAUGAAUACGUCUGUGACCUACCCGCUUUCUCUGACGCUGUCCCAGAGUACCCAUCGUGGUUUCUGCCAUUUGUUCUCCAGUGGCUCGCUGAGAAUGAGGAAGUGUCGAUGGAGUUUAUGCAUGGAGCCCUUGAGAGGGAUAAAAGAGAGGGGUUCCAGCAGACAUCUGAGCAUGCUUUGUUUUCCUGUUCAGUCGUGGACAUCUUCACUCAGCUCAACCAAAGCUUUGAGAUCAUCAAGAAACUAGACUGUCCUGAUCCUGCAGUGGUCGCCCAGUACAACCGACGCUUUGCCAAGACUAUCACCAAAGUGCUCCUGCAGUAUUGUGCUAUUCUAACUAAGAGCUUCUCCACCUAUUGUGAGAAAGAAAAGACGCCGUGUGUGUUGAUGAAUAACGUUCAACAGAUGCGUGUGAUGUUGGAGAAGAUGUUUGAAUCUAUGGGGGCCAAACAGCUCGACACAGAGGCUGCAGAUAUCCUCAAUGACCUGCAAGGGAAGCUUAAUUCUGUUCUGGAUAACCUGAGUGCCAUGUUUGUCAAGAGUUUCCAGGCUCGUAUAAAUGUAUGUAUGCGUCAGAUGGCGGAGAUCCUGUACCAGAUUAAAGGGCCUCUGAAUCAGAACACUCGUAACACAGCGGAGGCUGAUGCAGACAACGCACUGCGGCCGCUUAUGGAGUUCCUCGACGCAAACCUCAGCAUCUUUGCAGACGUAUGUGACAAGACUGUGUUGAAGCGUGUGCUAAAGGACCUCUGGAAAAACGUUCUGAUCUGCAUGGAGAAAACGAUUGUGUUACCUCAGAGCAGCGACAGUAUAGGAGCUCAACUUCUUACUGCUGCUAAGGAACUGUCUAAACUAAAGGGAGGGGUGGAGCCAAAGAGCUUGUCGCCAAGGCAAUGCCUGAUCAUGGAGGUAGCACUGGACUCAAUCAAGCUGUUUUUCCAUGCUGGUGGGAACGGUUUAAAAAAAGUAUAUCUGGAAAAGAGUCCUGAGCUGUCAUCGCUGCGUUACGCUCUCUCCCUAUAUACACAGACCACAGAUGCUCUUAUCAAGACAUUUGUGACAACACAACAUGCUCAGGUUCAAAAUGGAAUGGGCAUCAGGAUUACCCCCAAAGAGAAUGUUCGACCUGACCGAGGCUCUGGGGUUGAGCGGCCAAUAGGGGAGGCCGUAAUUCAGUUGGAUUUGUCGCCCCCAGCUGGAAACACUGAGCAGAAACUCGGCGUCAGAGUGAUUGCAGUAAAUGACAUGAAAUGGCAGACCUCAGGGAUGUUUCGUCCAUUUGUGGAGGUUAACCUGGUCGGCCCACAGCUCACAGAAAAGAAACGAAAAUUCACAACCAAAUCGAAAAACAACAGCUGGACUGCGAAGUACAACGAGGCGUUUCAAUUUGUGUUUGGUAAAGGCAUGAGUCUGGACUGCUAUGAGAUUCAGAUAACGGUGAAGGAUUACUGUUUUGGUCGUGCGGACCGGGUGGUCGGGAUCGCAGUACUGCAGCUGCGUGACAUAGCAGACCGGAAAAGCUGCGUGUGCUGGUGCCCUUUGGGCCCGCGUAUCAACAUAGAUGAAACCGGGACCACCGCGCUACGAAUCCUCUCUCAACGCUCCACUGAUGAGGUUGCCAAAGAGUUCGUCAAACUAAAAUCUGAGACCAGACCUGUUGAAGAGGGGAGGUGAAGAUGAAGCAGAAGGUUGACCUCUUAUAACGAUGAAAGUGGACUGAUUAAAACACAGACUUUGAUCAUUUGAGGCAAAUGAAAGACUUCCUGGCUGAAUCUGACAGACAAACAAACCUUCACAAACCGAUCACACAAGGACCCACACUGUUUAUAGAAUCCUAUAUGUUUAUUCAAAGCCUUGAGAGUCACUUAAUCCUCUGAAUGGCUUUGCAUCACUCUUCAUGAUGGGCAACAGCUCACAAGAUGAGUGCUCGCACUGAGAACAGCGUUCCCACGGUCAUGGAAAAUCUGUUAAUAUCAGGGAAUUUUCAAAGUGUGAUGUCAAAAAUGGUUGUCAUCACUAAAAUAUUUUGUCGGCUAGAAAUAUCUACGAUUUUAAUCAAACGACUGGAAAAAUCAUCGAUCAUGAAUCAUUAAAUGAAUCACUUCCUCACUUCUGAUGAAGUGUUUUUUGGUGUGAGGGUAGGACAACCUGUCACUCACAUGAGAUUGCAGCAAUGGCAAAUGACAACGAUCAAAUCAAUUCCCCGUGGACAAAAUCAAGUCCCGUCCUACAUUUGUUCUUGUUCGAAAAGCAGUUUCACUUGCAUAUACAUUAAAAUAGGGAAUAAAAGACUAUUGCAACUUGCCGACUUUAAUGAAUGCUUCAAUUAUUUCAAGCACAUUGUAAUGAAAAAUAUCAGUGAUGUUACAAAAAUUGUUCAUGUGCAAGAAGAUCAAAUCAGAAGAUCAAGUAUAAGAAAAUGCGAGAGUUUUGCCAAACCAUGAGUCUAUGGGCUCAUUCCAUACAGUUCUUUGUGGCCUUCUGAAUGGGAGGAGUCUUAUAAUGGGGGGAGUGGUCUAAACAAGAUCUAUUUACAUUUGAUGUCUAUCCUUUGAUUGACAGGCACACAUAUGCACAUUUAGGUAGAUACACAUUUUCUGCAUUGGUCUGUUCACUAAUGUGAUCCUGAAAUAUUAUCUGUAAUACCUUCAAUACAUUCACCAUCUUUGUUUAACGUGAAAGAUGGUUCAGUCGUGGUCCGACCUCUCCAAAUAUUCCAAAGAUCAUGAUUAUUUCCCUUAGUUUUUUCACAAAUGUCUCAAAACAGAUAAAUACGCUAGAAAAAAAGACAAAUAUAGGCCAACCAGUAGUGCCAGCCAACGAGAAGGGAUGUACUGUAUGAAACUUUGUUUACCUUGUGCCAAGUUGUUUGUAUGCUCUCUUUUUUGAGGUGUAAUUGAGUUAUGUUUUGUUUUGUUUAUAAUAUUUGCACUACCAAGCAUCUGUAAAAUAGAUUACCACAUGUGCAUGUAUUUAUUGUAAAUUCUAGCUUUUGGUCAUAUGUUUUAUGUUUGUCAAUAUGUGGAAAGCUAUUUAUGUAUUCAAAAUGAUGGAGGAGAUCACAGAUUGAAUCGAUAUUCUGGAAUUUAUUUAUAAAUUAUUUAUGAAUUAA